UUUCCUGUUUCGCUUGAUCUUCUUUCCUCUGGAGAUUUGUCAUUCCGGCGCCUUUCCUAUACCAUCUACGCUGAGUCAGAGUUCAUACCGGCUUGUUAGAAAGCUUCUAUGAUGGAUAGUCAGAGAAGCUUUUGGCAACUGGGAGAUGAACUACGGGGACAGUCUGCUUCUUCUUCGGAGGAUCAGAAAUGGUUGAUGGCUGCAUCGAAGUUGGCUGAACAGACUAGAUCCAAAGGCUUAAGAAUGAACAACCUCGAUCCCACUAAGACCACCAUGGAAAUGAAACCAACAGAGAAAAUUGGGUUUCAGGAAGAUAACAAGUUUGAGAGCCUUAAUUUCGGCAUGUUGAGUUUGGAUUCUAAGCUGAAUGAGCCUGUCAACAAGGGUGGUUAUUUGAGUGGCUUAUAUAAUGCGAAGGUUCUAUUUCAGAAAGGCACUGGAAACGUUAAUGUGGUUGUCGGAGGUAAUAUGUCUGGCACUAAUGGCAGCCUUACUAAGGUAGCAAACAACAUCAACAAGAACAACAACAAUAACAACAGUAAUAAUAGCAGCAGCAUCAACAAUAGUAUCAAUGCUGUUGACAAAAGGUUUAAGACAUUGCCUUCAGCGGAGACACUUCCAAGAGAUGAGGUGCUUGGUGGUUACAUUUUUGUGUGUAACAACGACACAAUGGAGGAAGACCUGAAACGACAGCUUUUCGGUUUGCCAUCCAGAUACCGGGAUUCUGUUCGGGCCAUAACACCGGGUUUGCCUUUGUUCCUGUACAAUUAUGCUACUCACCAGCUACAUGGGAUAUUUGAGGCUGCCAGUUUUGGGGCAACAAACAUUGACCCAACAGCAUGGGAAGACAAGAAAUGUAAAGGUGAAUCAAGAUUUCCUGCACAGGUGCGGAUCCGUGUAAGGAAACUCUGCAAGGCGCUCGAAGAAGAUGCUUUCAGGCCUGUUCUGCAUCAUUAUGAUGGUCCUAAAUUUCGUCUUGAGCUCUCCAUACCAGAGACCUUGGCAUUGCUAGACUUAUGUGAACAAGGAGGAAGUGAGUGAUGUGCUGAUCACAUCAGCUGUAGCAUCUGAAACUUGUUUGAAGGCCGAGGAAAAAAAAUUUCUCAGGGUGCAAUGAGAUCCAAUUGGCGUAUUUUGUGAACCUCUUGAUUUUCUGCAAAGGCGGAAGCUCUUGAGUUGUUUGUUCAAAGUUGGGUUUUGGUGAGGUUGCCAAAUAAUAUAUUGAGGUGUAUGUUGUAUUGUUGUUUUAGCAUAUGGCAGGAUACUUAC